GGGCAUCUGGAAGGUGCAGAGCGCUCCCGGGAACCAAUUGGAAGGCAGGUUGAGACCUGAUGCUGGCUGUGCACCCCACCUCCAGAUUUCCGGAACAUCACAGAAGUCUGUGGGAGCCUGUCCCGGGUGCAGUGGACCGCAUCUUCCCAGGGCCCGGGCGCGGAGCGGGAUGUACUUCUGCUGGGACGCGGGCUCCAGGGGUCGGCAGAGCCGGGAGGCGGCUGGGGGCGCCGAGCUGCGGCAGGCGGCCUCCGGGGAGCGCCACUCGCUGCUGCUGCUGAGCGAUGGCACCGUCCACGCCUGCGGGGACAACAGCUGCGGCCAGCUGGGCCGGAGGGGCGUACCCCACAGGAAGCGGCCAGGACUUAUUCAGGCAUUAGAAACCCUGAACGUCGAUCUCCUGAGCUGUGGAAAGGAGCAUUCCCUGGCAGUUUGUCAUAAAGGAAGGGUCUUUGCUUGGGGAGCUGGUUCUGAAGGGCAGCUGGGGAUUGGAGAAUUUAAAGAACUAAAUUUUACACCUAUGAAAGUAAAAGCUCUGGCUGGUAUAAAAAUCAUACAAGUUUCCUGUGGACAUUAUCACUCCCUGGCAUUAUCUCAAGAUGGCCAAGUAUUUUCAUGGGGAAACAACAGUCAUGGUCAGCUGGGCCUGGGGAAGGAGUUCCUCUCCCAAGAGAGCCCGCAAAGGGUGAAGUCCCUGGAGGGGAUCCCGCUGGCCCAGGUGGCUGCAGGAGGGGCUCACAGCUUUGCCCUAUCUCUCUCAGGCACUUCAUUUGGCUGGGGAAGCAACAACGCAGGGCAGCUGGCCCUCAGUGGCAAUAACGUCCCAGUGCAAAGUUACAAGCCUCGUUCCAUUGGAGCACUGAAGGAACUAGGUGUGGUUUAUAUCAGCUGUGGUUCUGAGCACACUGCAGUGCUUACCCAGGAUGGUAAAGUGUUCACAUUUGGAGACAAUAGCUCUGGACAGCUGGGACAUGGUCCUACUGCUGAAAAGAGAGGCCCACAACUCGUGGAAGGAAUUGAUGGCCUAGUUUCACAGAUAGAUUGUGGAAGUUAUCACACCCUUGUGUAUGUCUACACCACUCGUCAGGUGAUAUCUUUUGGUCGUGGACCAAGUGACACAACCAGCUCAACUCGUUCAGAUGCCCUGACCAAGAACUCUGAUGUUAGCUGCCUGAUUUCGGCUGAUGACCUUGUGAAUGUUCAAGUCAAACACAUUUUUGCUGGAACCUAUGCCAACUUUGUGACAACUUAUCAGGAUGCUACUUCCACAAGUGUUUCCAGGAAAACCCUGCCAGAAAUAAGCCGAAUUAACCAGCCCCUCAUAAAAAAAUGGAUAGCAGUGGAAAGAAGUACUGAACAUGAAGUGGCUAAGAGUGAAAUUAGAAUGAUAUUUUCAUCUCCUGCUUGUCUGACUGCAAGUUUUUUUAAUAAAAGUGAAACUGGAGAAACUAUUUCCAUUGAUAUGGCCUUACAGAUGGCAAGAAAUACCUUCAAGAAGUUAACAAAAAAGGAAUGGAUUUCCUCCCUGAUAACCACAUGCCUCAGGGAGGAUCUGCUCAGAAAUCUUCCAUUGCGUUCUCCACACCAAGAAGCUUUACAAGUUUUCCUCCUCCUCCCAGAAUGUCCUGCGAUGCAGGAUUCUCGCAACUGGGAGAGCCUGGUGGUUCCAUUUGCAGAGGCUGUUUGUAAAAUGAGUGACCAGUCUUUACAAGUCCUGAAGAAGUGUUGGGCAUCUUUGCACAAAUCCUCUCUCAACACACUGGUCCAGAUGCUUAGAACAGCCAUCGUUUCUCAACUGAGUUGUUGGGCUGAAACCAGCCAGAGUCACUGUAAUGUUAAAGCUCUCCUAGGAAUGAUGAACAAAUUGUAUAAGGUAAACAAAGCUAACACUCAACUGCCUGAAAAUGCUUUCAACAUAGAUGAACUCACCAACUCGCUCGACUUUGUUGUAGAUAGAGCCAGAGUAUUCUUUCGGAGUAAAAACCUGGUACCUGCAGAUAACAUCAGUCCAGUUAUUUUCAGUGACUUUCCAUUUGUCUUUAAUUUUCUCUCCAAGAUGAAAUUGUUCACAGCUGAUUCAUUUAUAAAAAUGCAGCCUCUGCUUCUGGCCUUAAAAGAGCAACUAGGAAACUUGCUCUUACACGAACAAACAAGCAACACUAGCAACGACAGUAAAAACAAAACAAGAAAAUUGGAUACUGUAUGUGAAACAGCUGUUUUCAGAUAUUGGGACAAUAGGCAGUUCAUUAUCCCCAAGAAAGGGAAGACAAACAAGGGUUCAAGAGAGAAAUUUGAGCAGGAAUUUAUGCACAUGGUUAUACAGAGAAAGAGUGAAUUUCCUUCACCUCCCCAGUUUAAGCUGAGAGUCAGACGGAAUCACCUGGUUGAAGAUGCUCUGCGACAAUUAAGCCAAGCUGAAGUCAAUGACCUAAGUAAAGAAUUAGUGAUUGAAUUUAUUGAAGAAAUUACUUCUGUGGCUGGAGGAGUCAAGUCAGAAUUCUUCCACUGUGUAUUUGAAGAGAUGACCAAACCAGAAUAUGGAAUGUUCAUGUAUCCUGAAGAUGGUGCCUACAUGUGGUUUCCUGCCAAACCUAAAUUUGAGAAGAAUAGAUAUUUCCUCUUUGGGAUACUGUGUGGCCUCUCCUUUUUCCAUUUAAAUGUUGCCAACAUUCCUUUCCCACUGGCUCUGUUUAAGAAACUUUUGGGCCAAAAGCCAUCACUGGAAGAUUUAAAAGAACUUAGUCCUCUUUUUGAGAAGAAUUUGCAAGAAGUUCUAAAUGAUGAAGCUGAUGACCUUGAAGAACUUUACAUUUUUUUUUCUAUAUAUUGGGACAAAAAUCGUGCUGAUUUAAUUCCAAAUGGAAUAUCUAUACCUGUGGACCAAACCAACAAGAACGACUAUGCUUCUAAAUGUGUUGAUUACAUCUUCAACACCUCCGUAAAGGAAGUCUAUGAAGAAUUUCAGAGAGGAUUUUACAGAGUCUGUGACAAGGAGAUAAUUCAGUAUUUUCAGCCUGAAGAACUAAUGUCAGCAAUAGUUGGAAAUACUGAUUAUGACUGGGAAGAUUUUGAAAAGAAUGCAACAUAUGAUCAAGGAUACUACAAAUCACAUCCUACUAUUCAGAUGUUCUGGAAAGCUUUCCACAAAUUAACUUUGGAUGAGAAGAGAAAAUUCCUCUUUUUUCUUACAGGAAGUGAUAGGCUGCACGUAAAAGGUAUAAGGAAUAUUGGAAUAGUAUUUCGCUGUCCUGAAACUUUCAGUGAAAACGAUGGCCCAAGAUCAUUGACAUGUUAUAAUAUCCUGGACCUCCCUAAAUAUUCUACAAUGGAAAGAGUGGAGGAAGCACUUCAAAUAGCCAUCAACAACUGCAGAGGAUUUGGCCCACUCAAGAUCACAUUGCAAUAAUCAUCUCUACAAGUCUCAGAGGGGCCUUUCAUUCUCAGGCCCUCUUGCCACUGGAUUUUCCUAUUCUUCCUUAGAUCUAAUUAGUACACAAAGUUGACAGAUUUUAGUUAGAAUUAGUUGCCCAGCGCUGGAAUAAACCAUGAGUGAUGAAUCAAGGAUAAGAUUUUUAAUCAAACAAAAUUAUGAAACAAUUCUUGUGUUUCUAAACUUACUAUUUAAAGUGUUUACUUUUUACUGAAUUAUUUCCUGAAUAAUUGUCAUUUAAAAAUUGUGACUGUUAAAGACUGAUAUUUUAAAAAUAUUAUUGUACAUCUAAUAAACACUGCCUGCAAAUAUGAAAGACAUGUUGAAAUUUGAAUGAAAUACCAAAAAUAUAAACUAAUUUAACAUUUUAGCAUAUUUUUGAGGUUUGUAGAUAUACAUUUUAUAUUUAAGAAUGUCUCUAGAGCUCUGGUUUUAGCAAACUGCUUGAUAAUUUAUUCGAAAAAUCUAAAUGGUAAGGGAUUCAUUAAGUAAUUACUUAUACUCUAUAGUGUGUUCCAAGUAUCAUUAUUUUGGUGAAACACUGAGCCUAGCCAGGAACUCCUAUUUAAUUUUAGUUGGAGAAAUGUGAACAGGAUAAAAUAUAUCAACAUCAUGGCUAUAGAGCAUGAUGGGAAAUGACCAAUGAAUUUUGUGGAGCAAUUAUCUCUAAUACUAAAUUUUAAACUGUAAGCUAUGUUAUAAAUGCCUGCUGUUAUCCCAAACCAUACCCAAGAGCCUUGUGUUAGUGGUGCUUUGGGGAAUGAAGGAACACAGAGCAAGGUUCACCCUGUGCUGCUGAUGUGGAAAGAGGACAGGAAUCACAUGAGGCAAGAAUCACAUAGAGUAGAGAAUUUAUGAGAACAAGGAUGCUAGACUAUGUGGUGGCCAGUAGAAACGUGAGCCCCAACAAAUCCACAGAGUUAUUUUGAACAUACCUGUUUUCCAUAAUAAAUGAAAUGAAGGCCUGGAUUUGUUUUAUAUGAAUCUUAACGAAAGGGGGAUCCUCAAUCUUAGGCAUCCAUAGGCACCUGACUUUUAGGUUGUGCUCUUUAGGCCUUUCAGCUUCAGCAUGAAUUUUUCUAAUGAAAAUGGAUGAAUUCUACCAAACAUUUAAGGAAGAAAUAAUGCUAAUUCUGUACAAACUCUUUCAGAAAAUAGAAGAGGUGGGAACACUUCCCAAUUAAUUCUAUGAGGUCAGUACUAUCCAGAUACCAAAAACCAGGCAAAAAACAUUACAGGAAAAGAAAACUAUACAAAAAUAUCUCUUGUGAACAUAGACAUCAAAAAAUCUCCACAGAAUUUUAACAUAUCAAAUCCAACAAAAUAUAAAAAGUAUAAUAGCUCACUUGUAUCAGGUGGACACUUGAGACUGCAUUGGCAACUCCUGUCUGGAGGGGAGAUGGGAGGGUAGAGAGGGUUAGAAACUGGCAAAACGGUCAUGAAAGGAGAGACUGGAAGGAGGGACCAGGUUGACUCAUUAGGGGGAGAGUAAAUGGGAGUAUGUAGUAAAGUGUGUAUAGGUUUAUAUGUGAGAGACUGACUUCAUUUGUAAACUUUCACUUAAAGCACAAUAAAAAUUAUUUAAAAAA